AUGCGUAUAGAAACAUGUUAUUUUUGCUCGUCCAGGAUUUAUCCUGGACACGGAAUUCAAUUCGUCAGAAAUGAUUGUAAGAUUUUUAGAUUCUGCCGAUCAAAAUGCCAUGCUGCAUUCAAGAAGAAGAAGAACCCACGUAAAACUAAAUGGACUAAAGCCUACCGUAAGACCGCUGGUAAGGACUUGGCUAUCGACCCAUCCUUCGAAUUUGAGAAGCGCAGAAAUACCCCUGUUAAGUACAGAAGAGAAUUAUGGGCAAAGACUAUUGAAGCCAUGAAGAAGGUUGAAGAGAUUAGACAGAGGAGAAGUAACAACCAUAUUAUGCAGAGGCUUAGGAAGGGUCGAGAAGUGGAAUGGCAGCGAGAUGUCAGAGAAGUUCAGCGGGAUAUCUCACUUAUCAAAUCACCAGCAGCUGGCCUCAAACAGAGACAACUUGAAGAAGAAACCGAGAUGGAUAUUGAACCCGAAACUAUUGAGGUUGUUGAUGCUAAGGGCCGCAAACAAGUCAUCGAGGCUCCUGUCAUGGUGCCCGCUACUGGAGAAAUGGUGGAAGAUGGUGGAGAUAUAGAAUUAUAA